CAACCAUGUGUGGCAUUCGCGAACCUAACACCUUAUCAAACAUCAGCCAAGUGAAGACAACUCACUUGCAUCUCGAUUGGACUAUUUCCUUUGAGAAGAAGAUCCUCAGCGGCUACGUUGUCUUGGAUUUGAUCACUUUGGUAGACAAUGUUGAAAAAGUUGUUCUCGACUCCAGUUUUUUGGACGUGACUAAAGCUUCAUACGAAGGAAAAGAAGUCAAGUUCUCGCUUGGUGAGAGACAAGAUACUUUUGGUUCUGCUUUGACCGUUGAACUGCCUACCAUUGAAAAGGCCGGAACCACCUUCAAGCUUCGUGUAGACUACUCCACCACUGAUAAGUGUACUGCUAUCCAAUUCUUGAAGCCAUCACAAACUGAAGGCAAGCAGAAUCCUUACCUCUUCAGUCAAUGCGAGCCCAUCCAUGCUAGAGCCCUCUCCCCUUGCCAAGAUUCACCCUCCAUUAAGCUCACUUACUCUGCUGUUGUGACUUCACCACUUCAAGUUGUCAUGUCUGCCCUGCAUACUGGUGUCAAGGAAGUUGGAAAUGGCUUGAAGGCGUAUUCAUUCGAACAGCGUACCACUAUUCCUUCAUACCUAAUUGCCAUUGCUGCCGGCAACCUUGUUGGUCGCGAGAUUGGUCCUCGCAGCACUGUUUGGUGCGAGCCCGAGGUUAUUGAUUCUGCCGCUUGGGAAUUUGCUGAUACCGAGAAAUUCAUUUCCACUGGUGAGCAAUUGUUGACACCUUAUGAAUGGGGUCGCUAUGAUCUACUUGUCCUUCCUCCUUCUUUCCCGUACGGUGGCAUGGAGAAUCCCUGUCUCACAUUUGUCACUCCUACUCUCCUCGCUGGUGAUAAGAGCGCUGUUGAUGUCGUUGCUCAUGAAAUCGCUCAUAGCUGGAUGGGUAACCUUGUCACUACUGAAAGCUGGGAGCACUUCUGGCUUAAUGAAGGUUGGACAGUCUUUAUCGAGCGUAAGAUUACUGGCCGUAUCCACGGUGAAGCUGAACGUCAAUUCAGCUCCAUUAUCGGCUGGAAGGCUUUGAAGGAGAGUGUUGAGCUUUUUGGCGCUGACUCACCCGCUACUCGCCUCAACACCGACCUUACUGGCAUUGAUCCUGAUGACUACUUCUCCUCCAUUCCUUAUGAAAAGGGAUUCAACUUGCUUUAUCAUAUCGAAAAGGUUGUUGGUGGACCCAAGAUCUUUGAGCCUUACAUGAAGGCAUACGUUGAAAACUUCGCCUCCAAGACUGUCAACACUGAGCAAUGGAAAACAUUCCUUUAUGAUUACAUGGGGAAGACUUAUGGCCAGGAAGUUGUAGAUAAGCUCAACACUAUUGACUUUGAGCUCUGGCUACGUGGCACUGGUAUGCCACCUGUCGACCCUCAAUUUGACACUACUUUGGCAGACGCCUGCUACGAGCUCGCUCAUAAAUGGGAUACUGCUCGUGAAGACAAGGACCUGAAGCAAUUCUCUGCCAAGGAUAUAGAAAACUUCACAGCUGCCCAAAAGAUCGUGUUCCUCGAGCGCUUGACAGACGCUGAACCCCUUCCACAUCAUUUGAUUACCAAGAUGGACGAGUUGUACCAUCUCACUCCUAUUCGUAACUCUGAUGUGCGAUUCAGAUGGCAACAAGUUUGCUUGCAGACUUCCUUCGAACCCAUUUAUCCCGAGGUCGUCAAGUUCGUCACCGAACAGGGCCGCAUGAAGUUCGUACGACCAUUGUAUAGAUUGCUCUACAAGGCUAAAAACGGUGCUCAGCUUGCCAAAGACACCUACCUGGAACACCGUGACUUCUAUCAUCCUAUUGCUGGACAGUUGAUAGAAAAGGAUAUUGGUCUUAAGCAGUAAUAAAAUGCAUUGUGGUCAACAAUGCAGAGAGACUUCUUUCAUCCCUUUUUCUUAUCGUUACUUUGUAUAUUAUACUACUAUGAGACUCAG